AUGGACCAAGAAUUAAAUGACAAAAUUAUAAUUAAAAACUUAGCCGUACGAAGUAUUGUUGAUGUCGAUGCUUGGGAACGUGUAAAAUGCCAACCCAUUUUGAUAAACCUUGCCAUUGAAAAGAGUAUUUCCAAAGCUGGCGAAACCGACGAAUUCUCAUUCGCCAUAGAUUAUAGGGAAAUAACCAAGGCCGUCACAAAAUUCGCCGAGGAAUCAACUCACAAAUCAGUUGAAGCCCUGGCGGACGGGAUAGCACAAAUUUGUGUAAAGGAAUUUAAUGUACCAAGGGUUUCAGUCCGUGUAGAGAAUCCGCGGGCGCUACUACGCGCAACCUCCGCGGGAGCGGAAAUCGCACGCACCCACGAAAACUACAUCGAACCUGUACACCUUAAUGACAAUCGAGAUAUCAUCUUUGUUAAAGAUUUGAAAUUGAGCACGAUAAUUGGCAUAAAUCCUUGGGAGCGAGAGUCAAAGCAGAUCGUGAUACUGAAUUUGACAAUUUAUUUCAAUUUUCGCGUUGGAAAUUCGCCAUGUGAUUACAGAAUGAUUGUGAAGAGAAUAUCCGAGCAUGUUGAAGAAUCGUCCUACAAAACUAUAGAAGCAAUUUCUACAGCCAUCACGAGAAUUGCUGUCAAGCAAUGUAAUGUUAACAAGAUCACCGUUCGCGUGGACAAACCAAAUGCCACGACAUUUUCCGAAUCAGCCGGUGUCGAAAUCACCAGAAACAGUUCGUAUUUUGCGCAGAUUUCACAGAUAGCAGAAAUAAAGAGUUUGCCAGGUGGAUAUGAACAUGUUGUCUUCAUCGGUCUGGGGUCGAACAUAGGAAAUCGCUAUGGAAGCAUCAGCGAGGCUUUGCGACAGAUCGAAGAAUCUUGCAAUUGUAAGGUACUGGAUACAUCUUUUCUGUAUGAAACUUCGCCAAUGUACGUUGCCGAUCAACCAAAAUUCCUGAACGCCGCGUGUAAGGUCGCGACUAAUCUGUCACCGGAUGAGUUGCUUGGUAAGUUAAAAAAUGUCGAAUCUAAUAUGGGACGUGUCAAAGUAGUAGACUAUGGUCCAAGGCUCGUCGAUUUGGAUAUUUUGUUCUAUGAUGACAUUGAAUAUAAGUCCGACACAUUGACGAUACCUCACCCAUUAAUAUGUGAACGAGAAUUUGUCCUACGUCCUCUAUGCGACAUUGCGAACAAAUUUGAACAUCCCAAGCAAUUCAAGACAUGCGAACAAUUACUCUCUCAAUACCUGAAAUCUAAUGAUAAUUCGAAAAAUGUUGUCAACAAGAUCUUGCCAAUCCACGAUUCUCAAUGGAUUUUAAAUUCAAAGACGCACAUCAUGGGAGUUCUUAAUGUGACACCGGAUAGUUUCAGCGACGGUGGAUUGUAUGAUAGCACAGAAAGCGCCGUGGCACACGCGGAAAGACUAGCAUCAGAAGGUGCCGACAUCAUAGAUAUUGGUGGCGUUUCCACUCGACCAAACGCUAAUGAUGUUCCUGUUGAGGAUGAGAUUGCACGCGUCAUUCCGGUAAUAAAAGCGAUUCGCACAAAGGGCACGAUCAAUACACCUAUCUCGAUCGAUACGUUUCGUGCUGUGGUCGCAGAAAAAGCCAUUGAGGCGGGUGCCAAUGUAAUCAACGAUGUUUCAGGAGGACAACAUGAUCCAGACAUGUUUCGUGUCAUGGCGAAAGCAAAUGUUCCGGUAUGCAUUCAACACUCGAGGGGUAACCCGAAGACAAUGGCAAGUUUAAACCAUUACGAUGAUCUCAUCUCCGAUAUAUGUGCGGAAUUAUUUGAAAGAGUGAAACAAGCCAUUGAAGCGGGUGUCAAACGGUGGAACAUUAUCAUUGACCCGGGUAUAGGAUUUGCUAAAAAUUCCUCUCAGAAUUUUCAAAUUUUAAAACGAUUUCACGAAUUGAUGGGCGAAGGAAGUCCACUCAAAGGAUUCCCGUGCUUGAUUGGUGUAUCACGAAAAGGAUUCAUAGGAGAAGCGACAAAACAGUCCGUUGCCAAAAAUCGUGGAUGGGGAACUGCCGCCGCUUGCAGUGCGGCGAUUGCAGGCGGCGUCGACAUUUUGAGGGUGCAUGAUGUUAAGGAGAUGGUUGACGUCGCUAGAGUAUCGGAUCGCAUUUGGAGGAAAUAA